AUGGUGGGUAUGGGUCAAAAGGAUUCAUACGUCGGUGACGAGGCUCAGUCCAAACGAGGUAUUCUUACUCUCCGCUAUCCUAUCGAGCACGGAAUCGUGACGAACUGGGAUGAUAUGGAGAAGAUCUGGCAUCACACCUUCUAUAAUGAGCUCAGAAUUGCCCCGGAAGAGCAUCCAGUUCUGCUCACUGAAGCUCCAUUGAACCCAAAAAGCAACAGGGAAAAGAUGACACAGAUCAUGUUUGAAACGUUCAACACUCCAGCGAUGUAUGUGAACAUUCAAGCCGUACUGUCCUUGUACGCUUCUGGACGUACCACUGGAAUCGAUCUCUACGCCAACACCGUUCUCUCCGGUGGCACAUCAAUGUUCCCAGGAAUCGCUGACAGGAUGCAAAAGGAAAUCCAACACUUGGCACCGAGUACGAUGAAGAUCAAGAUCAUCGCACCGCCAGAGAGGAAGUACUCUGUCUGGAUCGGAGGAUCCAUCCUCGCCUCUCUUUCCACAUUCCAACAACUCUGGAUCUCCAAACAAGAAUACGACGAAUCUGGCCCAUCGAUCGUCCAUCGUAAAUGCUUCUAA